GAGAAGAGUAGGGAUUGAUUUUACAAUCACCAAAGGAUUCAAAGGGCGGAAACUAUUGCGGACAGAGUUUGAUAAAUCUUCCAGCCUUUUUUAUGUGGAAGUUCCUGGAGAUAUAAUUUUAUCACAUGUUGUUGAGGAGAAUGAAAAAUUCCCUGCUCAGUUUGGGCGUGAGGUGUUGGCUGGCUUAUUGAAUAUGGCUGAUAGGGCUGACUGGAGGAAUUGUACAAUUUGCAAAGAGGAAGAGAUUAGAAUGGUUGAAUCUUUCAAGAGUAGAUUUCUAGAAUAUGAUCCCAAUCAUUGAUUUGAAAGACGAGGUAUUGAACUACCACAAUGUUUUCUCAAUUCUAUUUAACAAUUGUGCUUUUUCUUUAUAUGUGCAGUGUUGUAUAUACAAAACCAUUAGGCAUUAAAGUGCAAC